AUGUGGGAGUCGAUUUGCCUGACGCUCGCGGCCACCGCCGGUAACAAUAUCGGCAAGUUUGAUCCAUAUUGUGAUUUCAAAGCAUUGGGGAGGCUCGAUGCUCCUUGGGUGAUAAGGGCAUAUGCUGUUAACAAGCCUUGGGCGUUAGGAUUUCUUAUGGACAUUUUUGGGGCUUUGUUGAUGCUCAGAGCACUAUCACUUGCGCCUGUGUCUGUUGUUCAGCCAGUCUCGGGAUGUGGGCUUGCCAUUCUUUCCGUCUUUUCGCAUUUCUAUUUGAAGGAAGUCAUGAAUGUGUUUGACUGGAUUGGGAUUACUGUGGCCGGCAUUGGCACCAUAGGAGUUGGUGCUGGUGGUGAGGAGCAAGAAGCAUCAUUGAUAUCUGUCUUCCAGUUGCUGUGGCUAGCAUUUGUUGUUGCCAUCUUGUUUGUACUACUUAAUGCAUGGCUUCAUAUCUAUAAACUCCAGCGCAGGGAGCAGGAACUGGGGGAAUAUGAAGUGGUGGAAGAAAUUAUAUAUGGCUUGGAAUCUGGGGUUUUAUUCGGGAUGGCAUCUGUAGUAUCAAAGAUGGGUUUUGUCUUCGUGGAGCAGGGGUUUUCUGCAAUGUUCAUUCCCAUGUGCAUUUCGAUUAGCAUAUGCUGUAGUGGAACAGGGUUUUUCUACCAGACUCGGGGACUAAAACAUGGGAGAGCAAUUGUAGUCUCCACUUGCGCUGCUGUGGCAUCAAUCGUAACAGGUGUGGUCGCGGGAAUGUUUGCUCUUGGUGAGAAAUUGCCCACUUCAUCAUCUGGGCGGCUUUUACUUCUCACGGGAUGGCUAUUUAUCAUGCUAGGUGUUGUGUUACUCGUGACUUCAUCACGGCUUAUCAGACAUCUUCCACGAUCAUUCCGACGUUCCAGACAGACCAGCGUAGAAAGAGGUUUCAGUAUAAGGCGGACAGCUUCUCACGUACCAAAGGAUACAAACCCAAGUGCGGUUAUCCAAGCAGCAACUUUACACCAUCUCUUAUCAACCCCAUCAAAAGAGAAAGACUAA